AUGUCGUCCGAAACAGAGUCAGCGGACAACGGGACUGGUAAAGUCGACACUACUCCAGCCAUAAAGCCAAAGUCUACCAAGACCUUCAUCUCCAAGGACGACAUCGAAGCUAUUGAGAAAAGACACAACGAAGCAAUCGCUUGUAUUCACCCUGACGCCAAGAAGCAUCCCUCUAUGUAUCAGCGUGUCGUAGAGUUGAUCAAGAAGUGCAAUGUUCGUCGUACCUGGGGCGACACUCAGUUCUGCAAGAACUUUACAGCCUGGUGUCGCGUCUCUGGGCUUGAUGCUAGGCCUGAUCCCGAGAUCUUGCUUGCCACACUUGCGGUUCAUGAAACCCUGGGACACAACAAUUUCAAGUUCGCCCACGAAGUCAGAAAUCGCGGCCUCGAGCAAUGGUUAGAGCAAGAGCUCAGGAAAGAUCGACCUUUCGUAUCAACACCUACUCCAGCUGCGCCAGAGACGCCCCGUAUCAAAACUGAGCCUGGGACCAGGGGCCAGGGGCCAGAGCGAGGACAAGCCGAUCCUUCUCACAGAAACGACAGUAUCCUACCAUCGAUUGAAAGCAACUCUGGUGGUCCUGUUCGUGCUAUGAAACGAACUGCUUCCGGCCACCCAGGCCAACCUGCGAGCAAGCGUGCAAGUGCUCAGGUAGACCAGGCAAGUCUCGCUGCCAAAGUCCACCGACUCGCGGAACUUCAAGCCUCGCAGCAAAGAAUUGUCCUCCGAGACGCAGCGACGCAGACCGACAACGACAUCUCUCUGGAGAGAAUCUCAGAGCCAAUGCUUAAGGCGGUCGAAGCCAUGAAGGAGAACAACGAAAAGCAGGACGAACAAAUCCGAACUCUGAUGGAACACAAUCGACGGCUCUCUGAUCUUCUUGGGAGAGUUCAAUCUUCUCAGCUGAGGCCUAUGGAAAGUAUGCCCCGGCACUAUCAAGGUCAACCCCAGGAGAUUGUUCCGCUGCAAGCUGUCAAUCAUCCGCCGCCUACCUACUACUACGAACGCUCUCGAAUGUCUGGCAACAGUGGCCAGAUCUUCAGAUUCGAUUAA